AUGGCGAAGAAGGCGGGUAAGCACAUCGGCAAGUCUCUGGUGAGGGCGCGGGAAAGAAUUCGAAAGGCGAACAGGGCGAUGGCCGCGGUUCCUGCUUUCGAGUGUAAGGCUGAAGUCGCCAAGAAGAACUUGCAGUCGAUUACGACUGACAGUGAUUUGAAUGAGUUUCUGGCGAACAUCGAGUUGAACGAUCGGACUUUCGAAAGCCAGCGGAUGAACGGCACGAUUGUCAACUACGUACAGAACCAGGUGGUGGUUGCGAAACAUGACUCGACUAGUGCGCAAUCGAAGCUGACACCUGAUUUGCUGAAGGUCGGUAUCCCACGACGACCGGUGUGGAAUACCGACAUGUCGCCUGACGAACUCCUGAAAUGUGAGAAGAAGGUCUUUUCCGACUGGCGAACACACCUCGCACAACUGGAGGCGGAAGAUAUUACGUUGACACCGUACGAAAAGAACGGGGAACUGUGGCGUGAGCUAUGGCGAGUGUUGGAGAAGAGUGAUGUGGUGGUGGAAAUUGUGGACGCACGGAACCCGCUGUUAUUCCGGUACUACCUGAAUGAGCGUCAACGUGAAAGCUGGGCCGCCUACUUUAAGAGUGUGAACAUCAGUUUCAUUUUCUGGUCAGCCGUCGGUGCAUCGGACGACAAAACGUCGCCGGAUUCGGCAAAGGCGGCAAGCGACAACGACGGCGGCGAAGGGUCAGAGACGUACAAGGAAAGCCAGUUAGUUAUGUCGCGCGAUGAGCUGCUGAAACUGUUCAGAAGCGCUGGGGUGCCGAGCGACAAAAACGGCAAGACGGUCGUCGGUAUGGUCGGUUAUCCGAACGUUGGCAAAAGCUCGACGAUCAACAGGCUGAUGAUGAAGAAACUCGUUUUGGUAUCCGCUACCCCCGGAAAGACGAAACACCUGCAAACGCUGCUCGUCGAUGACGAUAUCGUGCUGUGCGACGCUCCGGGCCUCAUCUUCCCGGCUGCCGGUGUGACCAAGGAGCACCUGGUCGUAUCCGGCAUACUUCCGAUCGAUACGCUGACCGAAACCGUUUCCUCGGUGAAACUGAUCUGCGAGCAAAUCCCGAAGGCGGUGUUCGAGUCGUGUUACGGUCUGACUCUACCGACGGCGGCCGACUCCGACAACGACGAGGAUACCACUUCGGCGUGUGAGUACGUAUCGGCUCAGGGUGUGCCGGACGUUUCGAGGGCCGGCCGCGUGCUUUUAAAAGACUACGUCAACGGCAAGCUGCUGUUUUGCCAUGCGCCGCCGACCGUCGACCAACUUCACUACAGCGGCUAUGUCAGCGAGGCGGCGGACAGCCAAACGAACGAACACCGAAACUCCACCGACGAACGGUUGAAAAUAUUAGAGCGGAGGCACCUGAUCGAGUGUGGUUCGAAGUCAUCGAACUUCGACAAGGUUUUCUUCCAGACGACCCGUCCGGACGUGCAUGUAAAGUCGUCCAAACUAGGCAAAGCGGGUGCUGACAGCGGCGGUUCGAGGAAGUACUUCAAAAACACUAAAAAGGAGAAACUUCGUCGCAUUUACAAAUACCUCGACGCGUAG